AUGAGCUUGAAAGAAGUAUUCGAACAACAUCCAUGGAGGUCAUUUAAGAAGUUCAAUGAAGCUGCAAAGAGUUCGGGAUUUACUAACAGAGCUGAAGUGAAAAGGUUCUUUGACAAAAAUGUUGUACAUCAAACAAAAAUAAAUCCUUACGACUACUUUUUACCAAUUUACUCCAACACUCCUGACGCAUACCAAUUUGACACUCUCAUUCAAAGCAGAAAAGGAGGACAUAAACCAUUCCUCAUCUUCAUAAAUGUUAACACUCGUAAAGCAUAUGCGUAUAUAAUGAGAAAUAAAGGAACUCAUGAAGUGUUAAGAGUUUUACAAAAGUUUGUAGCAGAACAUAGCCCAAGUAUUUUAACAUCAGACCAAGACGGUGCAUACCUCAGCAACGAAAUCACAGAAUUUCUCAUUAAGCAUAACAUAACUCACUACACUACUGAAGACCAUAACCAUAACAUACUCGGUAUCAUUAACCGCUUCAUAAGGACUCUCAGAGAUUUAAAUCAAGAGCGAGACUUUACCGAAGAAACAAUGAAACAUUUUCUCGAAGUAUAUAAUUCCUCAACACAUUCUACAACAGGACAUACACCAAAUUCAAUGACACAACAACAAGAAGAAAAGUAUAUACAAAAGAAACGAAGCCAAACACAAAAUAUCAGAAAUUCAACACAAUUUACUCUCAUUCCUGGUACAAAAGUUCGUGUAGUUCUUGACGACAAACCAUUGACAAAGAAAC